AUGUACUAUAAGUUGGAGACAGAAAAGAACGAGCAUGGUGAGUUGUUCUGGGUGGUUGGUGUCUCGUGCCAUUUUGCGCGUGAUGUCCGAGAACUUUUGAUCACAAAGGGGGUUCUUCGACAGUCUGCGAGACUACGAGGAUUUAAGGCAGUAAAUGGACCAAAGACUCAUGGAGAUUCAUUGACUGAAGUGAUUGAUCUCACUGUGGAUGAUUCGGAUGAGGAGACUCCCCCGGGUCACGAGAGUACAACCCCAAACAUACGAGACAAACCCGAUGAAAUACAGCAGAGCGUUGUUACACGAAUCCCAGAACAACAUGACCGAGCUGAACAAGGAUCAAUCGUAACAUGCAGCAGCGCAGCAGGCCAAGAAGACCGUUCGACAGGAAGGAUCCCGAUAUCUAUGCUGCUCGGGGAGCCUCAGCCUCGAGCAUAA